AUGGGAUCGUCCUUCUCGAGCCUGAACGGCGAGUCCAAUGGUUCCGCAACCGGAACGAGCCUCGGAGAUAUACCGGAGAGCUGCGUCGCUUCCGUUUUUCUUUACCUUUCGCCGCCGGAGAUUUGCGAUCUGGCUCGCCUGAAUCGAGCAUUUCGUGGCGCGGCUUCGUCGGAUUCUGUGUGGGAGAAGAAGCUGCCUCGUAAUUACCAGGAUCUGCUUGAUCUAUUUCCGCCGGAGAGGUAUCAGAGUCUCUCGAAGAAGGAUAUUUUCGCUUGGCUCUCUCGUCCUUUCCCCUUCGACGAUGGUAACAAGGAACUGUGGAUCGAUAGAUUGACUGGACAGGUUUGUAUGGCGAUUUCGGCGAGUGGAAUGGCUAUAACUGGAAUCGAAGACCGCAGAUAUUGGAAUUGGAUUGCAACGGAAGAAUCAAGGUUCCAUGUUGUGGCCUACUUACAGCAGAUUUGGUGGUUUGAAGUAGAUGGGAUGGUGAGAUUCAAUCUUCCUCCUGGUAUAUACUGUCUAUCAUUCAGAAUACACCUAGGAAGAUUCUCGAAAAGGUUGGGAAGACGAGUUUGCCAUUUCGAGCACAUGCACGGAUGGGAGUUAAAGCCUGUACGGUUUUCACUCUCGACUUCAGACGGGCAAGAGGCGUCAUGUGAAUAUUACUUGGCUGAUAAAGAAGGAGAGGGAAUCGGUGGAGGAGAGUUCUGGAGAGACUAUAAGGUUGGAGAAUUCGUUGUGGGUUGCUCAGAACCAUCAACCGAAGUCCGAUGGUCGAUGAAACAGAUCGAUUGCACACAUUCGAAAGGCGGAAUCUGUGUGGAUUCAGUAUUCAUCAUCCCAAUCGAUGUGAAGCAACAGAAGAAAAAAAAAGCUGCUGCGAAAUAA